AUGGAAAGUGGCGCAUCGGCGACGAGGACGAAUUCGACAAGAACUUCAACUGUUCGACGGGCUACAUUCGACAAAGUGGUUCAACUGCAGAUCUGCCCCACACCCUGCGCUCCCUGUGGCAGUGUUUCGCUAAGGGCGGCUGCUCUGACGAUCCCGCCAUCACGGUGGAGGAUGCGACCGCCGAGGCCAGGG